AUGGCCACGACGGCAGAAUGCAGCGGUAAGGACGCACCACGGAUACCGCGCGUGGAUGUCGUGUUUUUGGCCUACAACAGGGACGCACCCGGUAAGCAACCGACGGUGACGCUUGACAGCAUCUGUACGGUGAGCUUGUACAAGUUGCAGCGUCACCUGCAGCAGAAGCGCACCGAACGGCACAGUAUGGGUGUGGACGCGUACCAGCACUACAAAUGGUACAACGCCGCACUGGUGGCGGAAUUAAGGACCAAAGGGGGUUGUGAGCAAACGCGACCACUACUGCGAGCCUUCCACUGGUACAUCGAAACGUCGAACCGGGCAGCGUUUCAGGUCGAACAGCAGCUUUACGAUGCCGUGUCGUUGGUGGUAGCGGCAGAAGUUGAGCACUGGUACUGUGCGCGAGCAGGACAGCAUGCCAGUGGGAGCCGUGCACGGGUGUCCUUUGGUGGGCAGGAACACCCGAAGCUAGUGGCCGGAGGUGUUGGGCCGAUCGUGAAGGAUCUACGGCGCCGGCCGGUGGUGCUGCGAACACUCGAAAGGAUCGGAGAGGAAGUUUGA